AUGGCCCCCCGAGCUUCUAAGAGGAGAAGGGUCUCCGAGGACGUUGAUGGAGACAUCGAGAUGGCAAAUGAUAAUCAAGAUGUCUUCUCCGUCCCAUCAUCUCCCGACAACAACAGAACUUCUCCCACGCCGGUCAAAAGUGCAUCACGGCGUCGAUCUACCCAUGGAGACAACCCAGUCCCCGAAACGACGGGCCAAGAUAGCGAGGACGAGAAAGUUGAGGCACAAACCCCCGCACGGGUUGGGACACGGUCAAGUGGGCGGCAGCGCAAAACACCAAAAAGAUACGAGGAAGAAGCGGUAACACCCUCCUCGAGGAGAAGACCAGCUGCCACUCCCUCACGAAGUGCGCGUCCCACCCGAAGCGCGCAGAAGCCGCGAGAAUCUCCGGUGGAAGACGAAGAUGAACCUGAAUUUGAAGAGGAGGAUGAUGAUGACGAUGAUGAGAUGGACCUCGACGAGCCGUCACCGGAACCCGCCCCUCGUACAAUUACAAGGACUAGAUCGAAGAGAACCCCCGCGAAACCCAGAUCCAUUGCGAAACCCAGAUCAAGAAAAGUCUUGGCCGCAGAGCCGAAAGAGAAGUCGCCUUCGCCUGAGUAUCAGGACGGUUUGGAUGACCUCGUUACGAUGCAACUCCAGCAAGAUCUUUAUCAUGAGCAGCCGGAGGCGCAUGAGACUGCCGAUGUCUCCGAGCCAUUGCCGGAAUAUGCUGAAAAGUUCCAAGCGCUCUGUCAGACGGGCCUUGAGGAUGAAAUGCGCAUUCUUUCGACAAUCCUUCUUGAAAAGCUGUCAGGGAAACGACAGAUUCCAGUGCGAGGACUCGAACCUGAAUAUCAGAAAGUUCAUCAGCUCAUUGAGCAGACUGUCUCUGUCGGAGAGGGUAACUCCAUGCUUCUUCUUGGAUCUAGAGGAUGCGGCAAGACCGCAAUUGUGGAAUCCAUCAUUUCGUCCCUUAGAAAGGAACACAGCAACGAUUUCCACGUCGUUCGUCUCAAUGGAUUCUUGCACACAGAUGACCGUCUAGCUUUGCGAGAGAUGUGGCGCCAACUUGGCCGUGAAAUGCAUACCGAAGAUGAUGCGGCCAAGGUCAGUUCUUAUGCGGAUACGAUGGCGACGCUCUUGGCUUUAUUGUCGCACCCAGAGGAGCUCUUCGGGGCUUCUGUGGACCCGGGAUCAAAGACCGCUGCGAAAUCCAUCGUGAUCUUGUUGGAUGAGUUCGACCUAUUCGUCACUCACCCACGCCAGACUCUGUUGUAUAAUCUGUUUGAUAUUGCCCAGGCCCGCAAAGCCCCUAUCGCAGUCAUUGGGCUCACGACAAAGGUCGACGUAACUGAAAUGCUCGAAAAGCGUGUCAAGAGUCGAUUUAGUCAUCGUUAUACUUACGUCCCUCUACCUCGAUCCUUCGAGACAUUUUCAGAUAUCUGCCUAGGGAGCCUGGAUCUCGGUGACGCCGAAAUGGCUGAUAUUGCAGAUGAACUUGGGUCUGAACGCACUCUAGUAGAGUCAACCAAAUGGAAGACACUGCUUGGGGGAUGGAAGGAAUAUUUGAAGCAUAUGUGGAAUGACAAUGAAUUCCAAUUCCACCUCAAGCGUAUCUACAACCAAACCAAAUCAGCGAAGGAGUUUUUCAACAGCGCGCUUCUCCCCAUCAGCGACUUGCUACAAAGUGUAUCGAUCCCCGACACACCCAUACCCGAAGUCCCAACUCCGAAAAGCUUCGCUUCCCAAUCUCUUGAUUGCCCCGACCCAGCACCUCUCCCAUUCUCCACAUCCAUCACAUCAUCUAGUCCCUCAUCAUUGCCACUGGCUUUGUUAGUAGCCGCAACACGCUUGGCGGCCCUGUUCGACCCCGGAAACGACGGGUCCCAGUCGCAGAGCAUGGCACCACUUGCGCUUUCUUUCCCCGCCGCAUACGCAGAAUACGUUCGGCUCCUGACCUCCGCAAAGAUAUCUGCCUCGGUGUCCGGAGCUGCUGCCACACCAGGCCGUGUCUGGGGCCGAGAUGUGGCCCGAGAGUCCUGGGAAAAGCUGCUCAGCUGGGGACUUGUGACUCCUGUCGGCAGUGGGAACGGCACUGCUGACGGGCAGAUGUUCCGUGUGGAAAUCAGUUUCGAGGAGGUCAUUGAAAUGGCGGGCUCCGGAGGUGCUUUGGGCCAGUGGUGGCGCGAAUAG